AUGGGAUCAAUUAGCACCAGCCACUCGGACGAGCAGCUUGCAAAGGAAUACCCUAAAGGGUGGAAAUUGGCUCUCCUCACGCUUGCCAUCUGUCUGACUAUCUUUCUGAUUUCCCUUGAUUUCUCGAUCAUUGCCACGGCCAUCCCCGCAAUUACGUCUGAAUUCCGCAGUUUGGAGGAUGUUGGCUGGUAUGGGAGUUCAUAUCUUCUCACGACAGCGUCUUCGCAGCUACUUGUCGGAAAGUUCUAUUCCACAAUGGGCAUCAAAUGGGUCUUUUUGGUCGCACUCCUCGUGUUCGAGGUCGGAAGUGCCAUUUGCGGCGCAGCACCCAAUUCUGUAUCCCUGAUCCUUGGACGAGCCAUUGCUGGCUGCGGUAAUGCCGGUCUGCUCUCAGGUGCGCUCCUCAUCUUGGCUCACAGUGUACCACUCGAGCGACGUCCGUUAUUCACUGCCCUAACUGGCGGUACAUAUGGCGUUGCUGCCAUUGCUGGGCCUCCGCUUGGUGAUGUCUUCACGGACAAAGUUUCAUGGCGGUGGUGUUUCUAUAUCAACCUCCCCAUCGGUUUAGUAACUUUCAUCGUCGUGGCAAUCUUUUUUCAGAACCCUAGCGUGCCCGAUGCCCCAGCGUCCCGAACUCUGUUCGACCGUGUCAAGCGUUUCGACCCUCUGGGAACCAUCCUUUUCAUGCCAGCUGUGAUCUGCCUCCUUCUGGCCCUGCAGUGGGGAGGUGCCAAAUAUCCAUGGAACAGCAGCAGAGUCAUUGCCUUGCUCGUCUCGUGUGGUAUACUUCUUCUCGCCUUCGUUGUUGUGCAGUGCCGUGCCCAAGACAAUGCCACCGUGCCGCCACGCAUCAUCAGGAACCGGACCAUCUGGUCCUGUGCAGUGUACCAGCUAUUCCUGGGCGCCGGCUUUUUCAUUUUCGUCUACUACGUACCAAUCUGGUUCCAAGCCGUCCAGGGGGUCAGCGCCAUCGAGUCAGGGAAACGCACGUUGCCCAUGCUAGUUGGGAACAUCGUCGCGACCACCCUCUCGGGCAUAGCCGUCGCCGCCGUCGGCCUCUACGCACCAUUCAUGAUCCUAGGCACCAUCGUCACCUCAGUAGGCGGCGGCCUGCUAACACUGUUCAAUCCGAACACCAGCACGGCCGCCUGGAUCGGCUACCAGGUCCUCGUCGGCGUGGGGAUCGGCCUAGGAUGGCAGCAACCCAUCGUGGCCGUCCAAACGGUUUCCAGCAUGGCCGACGUGCCCACCGCAACGGCCAUCCUGUCCUUCUCCCAGACCAUCGGCGGCGCAGUGUUCAUCAGCGUGGCCCAGUCCGCGUUCACAAGCCGACUAACCCACGAGCUGACCGCUACAGUCCCCGACCUGGACCCCUUCGUGGUGCUGGACAGCGGCGCGUCUGAUCUCGCCGGUCAUGUCCCCAGGCAGUUCCUUUCGGCGGUUGUCUGGGCGUACAGCAAUGGCUUGAAAAACGCCUUCGUUAUCGACACCGUCAUGGCUGCGUUUUCUGCACUGGGCAGUGCCUUUGUGGAGUGGAAAAGCGUGAAGGGGAAGAAGAUCGAAGCUGGUAUUGCUGCUUAGCUUUGAAUAGACUACGACCUAUCGAACUUCCCUAGAUGGAACAGAUAGAGCUAGAAAUAAACAUG